AACAGAAGGACUUCGUCAACCUUCUUAGAAGUUUUACACCUAAUGCUAUUGGAUGGUCUGUGUAGCUGUAGACGCUGGACACACAGAGAUGGUGGAGUUGCUGGUUCGGGAAAGGGGAGAGGUCAACGGAACAUACACAAGACACUGUGGCUCCAAGAGAUCCUGCCUUCAUCAGGCUGCUCUUAAGAGUGUGUGGCCUCUCUCAUCUCUGCAGGCCGUGCAGGUCAGGGAAGAGUUGGGUUCAGUGGUUCUGAUGCAGACCGAUGUGGUGCAGCAGCUUCCUCUUCCCUCCCGACUGAAGACACACCUCCGGUUGAGAGACAUCCACCACCCUCACAUGAAGUCCCCUUCACACAGAGGGGUGGUUUUCGGACACAUAAUCUUAAUUAAUUUGGCCUAAGGCACUUUUCUGCUGAUAUUAUGUAAAUGAAUUGGCUCUUGUUUGUGUGGUCAGAUGUUACUGGACAUGUUUAUACAUGUUUGUAUGAUUGCCUGUAUUGUUUGCAUUUGAUGCUUGUUAAUAAAAUAUAGUAUUGGUCUGUUUUCAGACACCUUUCCUAGUUCCCUUUCCUUCACCGCCAGUAGAUGGAGAUAGUAGCCUAUUGAUUUUAGUGAGGCCAUCUGCUGGGGAGCUGAGGCUGGAUGCAUCUCCCGCCAACCGACGACCAUGGCCUCUGAGGCAGCAGCCGCGGAUGAUGCUGCGACGACAGGAGGACCGCCCGAAUGCACCGAGAUGGAGGAGCAGUUGGCGGAGGGAAGGAUGAAGGCAGACGAGGAAGCUCCUCCCCCCUCCCCGGGGCUGGGGGGUUCGGCGAUCCGGUGUCGGGAAGUGUGUCGGUCGUACGGUGAACUCAAAGUCCUGAGUAAUCUCAACUUGACCGUACCACAGGGACAGAUCUACGGCCUGCUGGGUCCGAGUGGGUGUGGGAAGACCACACUGUUGAAAUGCAUUGUGGGAACACUGAAGAUCUCCCGAGGGCACAUCAGCGUGUUGGGGAAGCCGCCCGCAUUUCCUGGUCACCAGGUCCCUGGGAGGAUGGUGGGGUACAUGCCACAGGACCUGGCAUUGUACAAUGAGUUUACCAUCAGUGACACCCUGACGUUCUUCGGAAGGAUCCACGGCCUGUCAUCUACGGACACCCAGGCACGCAUGGACUUCCUGGUGGACUUCCUGGACCUACCUCAGAAGAGCAAACUAGUCCGAAACCUCAGCGGAGGGCAGAAACGGAGGGUGUCUCUAGGAGCAGCCUUACUUCAAAACCCCCAGUUAUUGAUUCUGGAUGAACCCACAGUCGGGGUGGACCCUGUGCUGAGAGCCAAGAUCUGGCAGCAUCUAGUAGAGAUUGUGAAAACUGGAAAAGUAUCAGUCGUCAUCACCACUCACUACAUAGAGGAGGCCAGGCAAGCCAACGUGGUGGGUCUGAUGCGGAAUGGCCGAAUGUUGGCAGAGGGGGAACCAGAAACCUUGAUGAAACAGAACAGUGCUGCGACCCUGGAGAAAGCCUUCCUGCAGCUGUGUGAGACCUCAGACCAGGUGGGCUCCAAACACAGCACUUACCCUCAGGGUGGGGUACUAGAGAGCGGCCAAUCACUCGAAAGCGGCCGGGAAGAGAUUCAACCAAUCCUGGGAGUCGGGCCGGGACCAGUUGAAGAGCUGCCCAAAUACUCAGCGGACUGGAAGGUACGAGUCAGGCAUGUGAUGCCAAAGUGGAGGAACAUCGCAGCUCUGAUUAUCAAGACCACGGUGCGGAUGAAGAGAAUGCCUGGGUCCCUGUUUUUCCAGUUCCUUCUGCCAGUCAUGCAGAUCUCUCUGAUGUGUCUGUGUAUCGGAGGAGACCCCAAAGGAAUACAGGUGGCUGUGGUCAACAAUGAGACCUCCUCCAGUUCCUUCAGCCAAUCCCUGCUCUCCUUCCUUGACAACUCCAGCGUGCAACAGGUGAACCUGUCCCAUGCUGAGGCUUUUGCAGGGGCCUAUAACGGAGAGUACUGGGCCGUCAUCGGGUUUGGAAAUAAUUUUACCAGCUACCUGACCAAGAGGAUGAUCCAGAGGCAGGUCUCUAAGGAGGUGGUGGAUGGAGGGUCGGUGCACGUCUGGUUGGACCUGACCAAUCGACAAAUCGCCUUAAUGCUUCAGAAAAAAAUGAAAGAUGCCUUUGAGGGUUUUAUCCAGUAUAAGAUGAGUAGCAGGUCUUACCUGCUCUCUCUUCCUGUCAAGUUUGAGGAGCCCAUCUAUGGCAGCAUGAACUCAGACUUCACCACGUUUGUGACGCCAGGCGCCGUUCUGAGCAUCACUUUCUACCUGGCAGUGGGCUUGACGGCUCUGUCCUUUGUGAUAGAGAGGAAGGAGGGGCUAAUGGAAAGGUGCUGGGUCUCAGGUGUGAGUUCAAUGGAGACCGUGCUGGCGUAUCUCAUCUCCCAGCUGAUUAUCAUCAGUGUCCAGAUAAUUCUACUGCUGAUCUUAAUGCUGCUUGUCUUUAAGAUCCCUAAUGAGGGGAACCUGGUGUUGGUUAUAGCUCUGAUCGUGCUGCAGGGCAUAACAGGCACUUCCUUUGGUCUGGUCAUCUCAUCCGCCAUCGAUGACGAACAGAACGCCACCCAAGCUGCCCUUGGUAUCUUCUACCCCAACCUCAUCGUCAGUGGUAUAAUCUGGCCUGUGGAGUGCAUCCCCUAUCCACUACGUUACAUCAGUCUGGCCCUGCCCCAGACCUACGCUUCUGAAGCCCUACGAUGCAUCAUGUACAGAGGCUGGGGUCUCUCCAGAAUGAUCGUGUGGCGAGGCUUUGUUGUCACCCUGGGCUGGAACACUUUCUUCGUCAUCCUGGCCAUCGUCAUCCUCAAGUUGAGGAUGUGAAACUCCAACCCAGGGAAGAUCUGUGCCUAUGUAGUGUAUGUGAAUGUGUGAGGGUUUUGUGUGGGACUGUCAAUGUGGGGUGUGUAAGUGAGUGUGUAUAUAGUCUAGUGAGUGUGUGUGUAGGGUCAGUGCAGAUAGGGUAACUUUCCCCCUCAGUCACGUUAGUUUGGCUACUCAACCUAUCUAUUUGUCACUCACAAACCAAUCAAAAGCCUGAAAUGUGCACCUGGACACUGCACCCGCCCACUCAGGUGUUACGAGUGUAAUCACCGUCAGAAGAGUGAUCAUCGUCUGAGGACUGUUAUUAUGGACAAUAACAUGAAUGUGUGUGAUACGUUUACAGCAGGAUUCUACUGUCCUGCCGUUAUAAGUCUGUAAUGUUUGUGUGUUUUCCCGAUACAGCUUUGCAUAUUAUUGAUAGUUAAUUGCCAUUAUUGCAUUGGUUGCACAGGUGUUUUUAUGUAGGAGAUUUAUUGUACUGGUAACACAAGGCGGGAAUUGUUAAAAGUUAAGAAGGGUCUUUUUUGUCAAAGCAGGUGUUGGGGUCAGAGUUAUGCGUAGCCUCAUUAGACUGACUUUCAAACGCACAACUAGGUUGCCUGGCAACUCAAACUGAAUCAUUCCGCUGCUCGAUGUUCGCUACAUACUUCGUUGCGGAGAAGGAACUAACGUCCGUGGGCAUGGCGUAGCUUUUGGCCAGAGAAAGGAUUUUUGCCCAUAUGUCAUGUCUUUCUAGAAUGGCCUUUUAAGAAAUAUUAAUUGGGAAAAUGUUUGGUCUCUUUCUCAGAAGUUUCUUUUAACUAAUAAUAUUAAAGAGGUUUAAUAUAAAUGAAUCCACAAGUGCUGCCCUACUAAACAUGAUCUUGAAGUUUUUUUAAAUACAUUGAUGUUUCUUGUACCUUCUGUAAUGACCAACAUUACCUUCUGUAAUGACCAACAUGACCUUCUGUAAUGGCCAACAUGACCUUCUGUAAUGACCAACAUGACCUU